AUCGGUUACGUAAUAUUUGCAUAAAAUGACAGUUACAGCUGAGCAAUGGAGUCUGGCGGGGUUUAUUUACGAAUUUCAUGUGAAAAUUAAUUUUAUUAUUUGCAAUCUGAACCCAAAAAAAGAAGCGAUAAGCAGGUGAAUUACAGAAGAGAAGAAGACAGAAAGAAGAGGAAAAUCCACCUAGGUAGGCCAGGGCUGAUGAUCAAUUGACAGGUAUCAGUAUGUAUCACUUUAUAUACAUUCAUGGGUACUACUGAUAAUAAUAAAUUUUCCGAGAUAGUUGACAUAGUGAAAUCAUGGAUAUCACGAAGGCCUGAGCACGUGGAUAUGUCCAGGAAUUUUUGGAUGCCCGACGAGAGCUGCAGAGUGUGCUACGAGUGUGAUUCUCAAUUCACCAUUUUUAACCGUAGACAUCACUGCCGAUUGUGUGGACGGGUUUUCUGUGCCAGAUGCACUGCUAACUCUGUUCCUGCCCUCUCUGAUGAACCUAGGAGUGCAAGGGAAGACUGGGAUCGAGUUAGAGUUUGUAAUUACUGUUUCAAGCAGUGGGAGCAAGGAUUUGCUGCUGCUGGUAAUGGUAUGACUUCAUCAAGUCCGCGACUGAGUCCAUCUUCCUCCACUACUAGUUUGGUCAGCAUUCAAUCUAGUUGCCACACUUGUAACAGUAACAGCAGUGCUGGUUCAGCUGCAUGUUCUACAGGGUCAUUCCAGCAUGUUCCAUAUAGCGCUUGUCAUAUCUCUGGUCAUUCUGCUCAAACGGAUUCAAAUCCAGUCAAGCAAGAUCUGGUAACAAGUCCUGCAAAUUUGGGAAACAUUGAUGCAAGGGAUAUUUUCUGUGACCAGUUUGGAUCACCCAGCAGGAGUGAUGACGAGGACGAUGACUACUCUAUAUACAGAUCACAUUCUGAAGUAAAUCCAUUAUCUCGUGCUGACAUAUGUUAUGAUGCUAUCAACUAUGGUGAGAUUGAUAACAUCUAUGAGCCUCAUGAAGUGCAACCUCAUACGGAAAGUGCUGAUCCAACUCGUAUAAAUUCUGAUCUGUUGUUGCCUGAAAAUUUUGAGACACAGAAAUUGGAUGAAGUGGCAAAGGUUGGGGAAGAAACAGAUAAACAGAAUCAUGGCGUUGAGUCUGGACAGCCUCCUUUAGAUCGGUUUAAUGGUACAAAUGUUGAACCUGUGAAUUAUGAAGAUAAUGGUCUACUUUGGCAUCCUCCGGAGCCUGAAGAUGAAGAGGACGAGAGAGAACCCUUUCUGUUUGAUGACGAUGAUGGUGUUCGUGAGGAUUCUACAGGAGAGUGGAGUUACCUACGUUCAAGUAGCUUUGGUAGUGGGGAGUCCCGAAGUAGGGAUAGAUCAAAUGAGGAACAUCGGAAGGCCAUGAAAAAAAUAGUUGAUGGGCAUUUCAGAGCUUUAAUAACUCAACUUUUGCAGGUUGAGGACCUACCUGUAACUGAGGAUAGUAAUCAGAAAAGUUGGCUAGAUAUUAUUACUGCAUUAUCCUGGGAAGCUGCUACUUCUUUAAAGCCGGAUACAAGCAUGGGGGGAGGUAUGGAUCCUGGAGGGUAUGUGAAGGUUAAAUGCAUAGCUUGUGGACAUCGGAAUGACAGUACGGUAGUUAAAGGGGUUGUUUGCAAGAAAAAUGUGGCUCAUCGGAGAAUGAUUUCAAAAGUAGAUAAAGCAAGACUACUACUGCUUGGUGGUGCCCUGGAGUACCAACGGGUUGCUAACCACUUAUCAAGUUUUGAUACUUUAUUGCAGCAGGAAAUGGACCAUUUGAAAAUGUCUGUUGCAAAGAUUGAUGCGCACCAUCCCAAUGUUCUUUUGGUAGAAAAAUCCGUAUCUCGAUAUGCACAAGAUUAUCUUCUCGCUAAAGACAUAUCUCUUGUUCUUAAUGUCAAGAGAGCGCUUUUACAGCGUAUAGCCCGCUGCACGGGUGCAGAUAUUGUUCCUUCAAUUGAUCAUCUUACAGAUCCAAAAUUGGGAUAUUGUGACUCAUUUCAUGUGGAAAAGUUCCUGGAAGAACAUGGAAGUGCUGGGCAUAAUCGAAAGAAUUCAACAAGGACGCUAAUGUUUUUUGAAGGCUGCCCAAAGCCACUGGGAUGUACUAUUCUUCUUAAAGGUGCCAGUGCAGAUGAGUUGAAGAAAGUUAAACAUGUAGUCCAGUAUGGUGUUUUUGCUGCUUAUCACUUAGCUUUGGAGACCUCUUUUCUUGCUGAUGAAGGUGCUUCGCUGCCAGAAUUCCCGUUAAAGUCUCCAAUGAAAAUUGCUUUACCUGAUAAACCAUCAAAUAUUGAUAGGUCCAUUUCUACAAUACCUGGAUUUGCUGUGACUGCCAAGGAAAAGCCUCAGGGGCCUAAAUUGCCCGACCAUCUAACAUUUCAAUCCAGAAAUGACCUGUUCCUAGAUAUUACACAAUCAUCAAAAACUGUUCCCAUGUCUGAGGCACAAUCUCCUCUUUCUGAAGCUUCUAAUGCUCAAAUUUUAAAUACCAAAUGUACACCACAUCCUUUAAGGUGCAACUUCCCAGGUCAUCAGCAGGCCCAGGUCACUGCUGACCAUGCUUCUGAGGAGAACAAUGGGAUGGCUCCCAAUGAAUAUUUUGUCUCUAAAACAUCAUCAGAUCAUAUUGAUGAAAAGGGGAGUAGAGAUAAUUUAGUUAGUAAUUGUUUGCUCAAUUCUGAGAAUUCAGGACAAAGUUCUAGUUGUUCUCAUGUUGACAGAUAUUCGGGACAGCAUAAUCUUCAUCAACUCAAGGAGAUAGGAUCUGUGAAAGAAGAGUUCCCCCCUUCACCUUCAGAUCAUCAAAGCAUUUUGGUCUCCUUGUCAACACGCUGUGUGUGGAAACGAACUGUGUGUGAACGUGCCCAUCUCUUUCGUAUCAAAUACUAUGGAAGCUUUGAUAAGCCUUUGGGUCGGUUUCUUCUAGACCAUUUGUCUGAUAAGGUGUACCGGUGCCGCUCGUGUGAAAUGCCGUCAGAAGCGCAUGUUCAUUGCUAUACCCAUCAACAAGGCAGCCUUACCAUUUCUGUGAGGAAGCUUCUAGAAUUCCUGUUGCCAGGUGAACGAGAAGGAAACAUUUGGAUGUGGCACCGAUGUCUACGGUGUCCUAGGACCAAUGGUUUCCCUCCUGCCACAAAAAGAGUGGUAAUGUCGGAUGCUGCUUGGGGAUUAUCUUUUGGGAAGUUUUUGGAGCUCAGCUUUUCAAACCAUGCUUCUGCAAGCAGGGUUGCAAGCUGUGGUCAUUCCCUGCAUAGAGAUUGCCUCCGGUUUUAUGGUUUGGGAAGGAUGGUUGCAUGUUUUCGAUAUGCACCAAUUGAUGUUCUCUCUGUCCACCUUCCACCCUCAAAGCUGGAAUUUAAUUAUGAUAAACAGGAGUGGAUACAGAAAGAAGUUGAUGAGGUUAGAAGCAGGGCAGAUCUGCUCUUUUCUGAGGCGUUGAAAAUUCUUCAUCAGAUGUCAGGAAAAAACUCGAACAAGUCCAGCAUGGAAGCACCUGAAUUAGGUGAACAGAUUUCAGAACUAGAAGUCUUGCUGCAGAAGGAGAAGGAAGAAUUUGAGGAAUCAUUUCAGCACUUGCUUUAUAGGGAGGUUAAAGCUGGUCAGCCUGCAGUUGACAUUCUCGAGAUCAAUCAAUUAAGAAGGCAGCUAGUUAUGCAUUGUUAUGUCUGGGACCAGCGGUUGAUACAUGUUUCUAGAUCUGAUGUACAUGGAUCAAAGCUUAAACAAAAGUUUGUCAAUUCUAGAGAGAUGCCUAGUGAGAUAGAUGUAGCUUCCAGGGCUAGCAGAGGCUUCAGCAGUCGGGAUUCUUCUCAUUCCUCUCUUUCAAGUAUGGAACUUGACAUGAUGCAAACUCAGGUAGGAUAUAGCCCAAAUAACUUGCUUAAUGAGAUUCAUAGAGGGGUGGACCUAAAUCGAAUUCUGAACCAUAGAAAAAAUGCUGAUGUUUCUUGUUCUUCUGACACACAUACAAAUAAUCAGUCAGAUCUGCAGAAAUCUGGAAAAACUGUGCGAAGGGCUCAAUCAGGAGGAGGAUUCGCUGUUCUGGAAUCUUCAUCUGCUACUUCAGAUUCUGCAUGGAUUGGUGAUCACCAGAUUGCAACUGUAGCUUCCAAGGAAAAUGGUAUUUCACUUCCUGAUUCGCUCCCCAGAGCAUCUUUUUCUGGCAAGACACCACCCAGGGAAGAAUCUGGUGUUGGGAACUGUACAAAUGAUCAAUCUGUGGCUGAAGUGACUCCUGGAAAUGGAUUUGCAUUAUCUGUAAAGGGGCAUAAUGAUCUCGAAAAUUCCAGUGGUUGGAUGUGGAUACCCUUUUUGACUUUUCAUUACUCAUUUAACAAGAAUUCUUCAACAAAUGCAUUUAAACUUGGUAAGAUUAGUGAUUAUAAUCCUGCCUAUAUCUCAACAUUGCGAGAGUUGGUACAUCAAGGUGGUAUUAGGUUGCUGCUACCCAUGGCUUCUGAAGACACUGUUGUGCCAGUUUUUGACGAUGAGCCUACUAGCAUCAUUUCAUAUGCCCUUGUCUCCCCAGACUACCAAAACUUUAUGUCUGAGGAACUUGGAAAGCAGAAAAACUCUGUGGAGUCCUCCACUUCGUUAUCAUUCUUGGACUCAGUGAAUUUACUUGCACUUCAAUCUUUUAGCGAUGCAGCACCUGAAUCUCUACGGAGUCUUGCAUCUGCUGAUGAGAGCAUCUUAUCCAAUUUUGGAUCCCGGAGUUUCGCAAGUUUGGAUCCCCUUUUAUUCACAAACACUUUGCACGCAAGGGUAGAUUUUUCGGAUGACGGUCCUCAGGGGAAGGUGAAAUAUUCUGUGACUUGUUACUUUGCAAAGCAAUUUGAGGCCUUGAGACGGACUUGUUGCCCAAGUGAGUUAGAUUUCAUCCGCUCUCUUAGUCGCUGUAAGAAGUGGGGUGCACAGGGUGGCAAGAGCAAUGUCUUCUUUGCCAAAACGUUGGAUGAUCGAUUUAUUAUCAAACAGGUGACAAAGACUGAGUUAGAGUCGUUCAUUAAAUUUGCACCAGAUUAUUUCAAGUAUUUAUCUGAAUCCCUAAGUACUGGAUGCCCCACUUGCCUGGCAAAGAUCUUAGGCAUCUAUCAGGUGACGUCAAAACAUCUUAAAGGGGGGAAAGAGUCAAGAAUGGAUGUUUUGGUGAUGGAGAAUCUUCUUUUCAUGCGCAACAUCAAGAGACUAUAUGACCUUAAAGGAUCAUCUCGAUCACGGUAUAAUCCAGAUUCAAGUGGAAGCAAUAAAGUUCUGCUGGAUGAAAACCUGAUCGAAGCAAUGCCCACUUCCCCAAUUUUCUUGGGAACGAAGGCCAAACGGUUGUUGGAGAGAGCUGUGUGGAACGAUACUUCAUUUCUUGCUUCAAUAGAUGUGAUGGAUUACUCACUACUCGUUGGUGUGGAUGAGGAAAAGCACGAGCUGGUGCUUGGUAUUAUUGAUUUUAUGAGGCAGUAUACAUGGGACAAGCAUCUUGAAACGUGGGUGAAGGCAUCAGGCAUUCUUGGAGGACCCAAAAAUGCAUCUCCAACAGUAAUUUCUCCGAUGCAAUACAAGAAACGGUUUAGGAAAGCUAUGUCUGCCUAUUUUCUAAUGGUGCCUGAGCAAUGGUCUUCCUCAGCGAUCAUUCCGGGGGCAGCCCAGUCGGACCUAAGUGUAGAAGAAAAUUCAGAAGAAGCCUCCAUAAAAUUAUAGCUUACGCCUCUAUAAUUUGAAGAUGUCUUUUUCUUUUCUUAGUCACAAUUCUUUAGGUAAAUACCUAGGCAUAUGCCUGUUUUAUACCCAGCAGCAGAAGAAAAUUUACGCAGUCUGUUCAUUUGAUUACAUUUUCAAGCGUCAAUUGUACUUUGAAGUCAUGUAUGUAUUCAUGAUAUUUCUUUCUUAAAUUACUUCGUCUUUAUUUUUGGAUUA